AUGCUCAUUUUACGCCAUCAAAUCACUCUAUCAGGGGGGGAUGACAUUGAAGAGGCCGUCCAACUUCUGAGGGUUACCUUCAUGCGUUCUCUUUCCGGUUCGAUGGAUCAAGUAGCUCGGUCUGUACAUCUCGCCAUCUCUCUGCGUCUGCUCUUCCUUUGGGACGGUGACUUAGGCCACCUUGAGGAAGCCCUUGAGCUGAACCGUCAGGCGGCAGGCGUCUUACCUUACUCAGAUAUGAGGUGGUUUAUCACAGCUCAAGAGUUAGCAGAUUCAUUGUCAGCGCGCUUCUCAGAGGUCGGAGAUGCUUCAGAUCUCGUGGAGGCACUCGAAUGGGAUCACCGUGCCAUCGCAGCCAUAUCACCAUCACAUGCCAGUUACAGCAGUGUUGUCUUGAACACAAUAUCUCACCUAUGCCUUCGAUACGAAAUCCAUCACCGUCUGGAGGAUCUGGAAGAGGCUGUGGUACUAUCACAGGAACUGCUGGAAGUUUUGCCG